CGAGGGCCAAAAUUUUUCUAUCCUGAAAUCACCCUUACCUUUUAGGCACUCUCACGGCAUCACCCAUCUAUAAUACCAUAUUCACUACACUCAGACCAUGUCUAUAUAUGUCAAAUGUAACAAACAACACACUUUACUCCUGUUUUCGAAAAUAAAGCGUCCAAAUAUUCUUCCUCUAGGCCUCUACAAUCUUCAUAUACUCAUUAGUCAUUAGUACCUCUGCUCUUGUAGAUUUCAUGCACAUAAUCACUGUCAUCUGUGCAUCAAAUCACCCCCAUUGAGCCAUCUUAAUCCCCACAUUCUUGAUCAUCUUUUCGGGUUUUCGCAACAUUUACAAUGCUGCUUCUUGAAGUUUCUUGAUUUUCUUGCAAAAAAUACCCUGAUCAUCAUUCACUGCAGAGAUUAAGAACAUGUUUAACGGAUUGUUGAAGAGCAAGUUUCAGAUCAAAUGCAAGGCUUGGAUAAAGCUGACAAGCAUGCGGCUUGAGAUUAUAAAGAGGAAGAGAAUUGCAAUGCAGAAGUACUUGAUGAAUGACAUUACCGAUCUUCUACAAAAUGGUUUCGAUUCGAAUGCCUAUGCUAGGGCUGGAGGGUUUUUGGAGGAGAUGAAUCUCUCAUCAUGUUAUGAGUAUGUCGAGUUGUCCUGUUUGUGCAUCUCUACUCAUCUUUCGGCCUUGUACAAGGAUAGGGAAUGCCCUGAUGAGUGCAGAGAGGCUGUCUCGACUUUGAUGUUUGCAGCUGCAAGGUUUGCUGAUUUGCCAGAACUGCGUGAACUCAGAAGCUUAUUUACGGAGAGAUAUGGGAAGUCAGUUGAAUCUUAUGUCAAUAAAGAGUUUGUGGCAAAGCUGAAGUCAGCAAAGCAUUCAAAAGAUGAGAAAUUACAGUUGCUGCGAGAUAUAGCACGAGAAUCCAGCAUCCUAUGGAAUUCAAAGGCUCUAGAGCAGAAGCUCUAUAAGCCACCUGCAGUUCAGCAGCCACCUAUCCUAGUACAGAAACCUAAUGCAGCUAUGACAUUAACUAUUUUGCAGAACAAGUCUAAGAACUCCAGUGAUGCUGAAAGACAUAAGCAAGACAAUCGGAUGGUAAUUUUAGAAGAAAGAAAGCAAGAAUUCUGUUCUGACCGAAAGGAUGAAGUUACAAAUGAUGGCCAUAAAAUUCCACAAAGCAGGAGAACUCCCAGCAAAGUCAUUCAAGCGAAAAAAAUAGAUCAAAACGUCCAGCAGAGUUUAUUUGAUCCUGGAAGUUUAUUUAGGGAUGAAGUAGUUGGUGAGAAGAGUACCCGCGUGUAUAGUUCAGAUCUGCCUCCUACCAGACCAACUGUUAGCAAAACUAAUCCUAUCUUGGGAUUUGUUCCUGACUGCUCCAACAUUGAAGGGGAAGGAUCAAGAAAAUUGGAUGUUCAACUUGAUCAGAAAUCUAAGAACAUUCCAAAAUCCGUGAGGACAAGACGUGCCAAACUCCUUGAUCCUCCACCAGGUCGCGACAGCAUUGGCAGUUUCAAAGGCGGUGAAACAAUGUGCAAGAACUCAGAUGGAAAAGAACAGGAAGAAGCUAAACAACAUGGUUGUGAUACUCCAGACGAGGAAAGAAAGACAUGUAAGUUUCUAAUGCACUACAGUAACAAAAAUGCAACUCCGGGACCAACCAGAGAAGAAACAAAGCCCAGACGCAAGGAUUAUAAUCUUCAAACCAGAGCUGCCUCGCUACCUGUUGAGCCAUCCAUUCCAGAAGAGACAAAAAGGGGACCAACUCGUGCCACUUCUUAUCAGGCGAACAUCAAUGCUGAUGGCUACGCUCACCCUAUGCUACCAGACUAUGAUGAUUUUGUAGCUCGACUUGCUAGGCUUCAAGGAAGGAGAAAAUGAAAUAUUAUUAACAUUCUUCUUUCUUGAAAAUCUGUUUUUUAAUAUAUUCUUUCAGUUUUCAAUGUAAAACAUUUAGAAAGUCACUUGGUAGCAAAAGCAUAUAGUUUUGACAGACAGAACUUAGUUCUUUCUUUUAUAUGACCACUGUGCUGCAGUUUCUUGCA